GAUUUCGGAAGACAUCGACCUGACCAACGAUGCGCGUCACUCCCCUCCUCACGCUCCUCGCAGCAACUCCCGCCGUCCUCGGCGACCUAUAUACCGCGAGAAAAGCCUACCAGCUCGCACCAGGGACCUGGAUAGAGAAUAUCUCUCAACGCGGCGGCCUCUCAUGGUACACCCGCCUAACCAGGCUCGAUAGCCCCAUUGUCCAAGAGGUCGAUCCCUCGCAUCAGCACGGCGGCCCUCGCACGAUCUACACUUUUCCCGAGGCAACUAAUGCCACUGGAAUCGCUGAGCUCGCUGCCGAUAGAUAUGCUGUGUUAACGCUCAACGAAGUCAACGAUGCCACGACUGUCUCGGUCUGGACACUUCAAGCCAGUGGCGAUCCCACGGCCAGCAAAGUCAUCGAGGACGUGGCGGGCUCCGAGCUUCUAAACGGUCUUGCUGCUGUUUCGUCGACCAUCGUUUUGGCGACUGAUAGCCUCGUCGGCGGUGUCGUCCGAAUCAACCUAGAAACUGGCGUCGCCGACAAGGUCCUUUCCGGCGCUGCGUUUGCCGUCGGCAUCAACGGCCUCAAGUAUCGCGCACCAUACCUGUACUACACAAACACACUCGAAGGCACAUUCAGCCGCGUCGCAAUCGACUCCGUAACUGGCUCCCCAACCGGCGAAGCCGAAAUAAUUGCCAGCGGCGAUGUACUCGUCGGCGCAGACGAUUUCGCACUGGCGUACUGGACCGAGGCUGCCUUCGUCACGAACUUUGAGAAGAACACUGUUGUUCGUGUCGAUAUUGAUGCGGGGACAGCUGAGGUCGUUGUCGAGGAUAUCCCUGCGCCAACUUCUGCGGCGUUUGGGACUUCCGGGGGAUUGUAUGUUGCGACGAGUGGGACGGGGGAAGAUGGUGGGGCGAGUAUUUGGGCUGUUGUUGUACCGGAUGAGACGUUUGUUUGAUGGAUUCGUUUCUUCUUUUAUUCGGGGUACUGAGACCAUGUCAGCUUAGCCAACAGGGGAAUAUUGGCUCUGAGGAGAAAGUGCAUUGAGAACUUGGAUACGAUAUGUAGCCGUGAGCCAGGGAUGUCAUUCAGGA